AUGUCUUCUAAAAGAGAAGUUAUUAAUAAGCAUAGAGUUGAAAGUGCUACCAGAUCAUAAAAAAGAAAAUUAGAAUAAGCUAUGCUUUAAGUCAAUAGUCAUCAACCUAUAACCAAAGCUUAAUAGGCUUUGCCUUCUGAUGACAUUGAAUUAUAUAAUAAUGUGAAUGUGUAACAUGUAAUCAAUGGAACAGAUUUUGUUUGGAAUCAUCUUGAGAAUAUGCCAAAGAAACAAAUAGAUUUAGUAUUUCUACCUUAAACGAUUGCUGGAAUGCAAAAUGUGUAUUGUGUAGUGAAGAAAAAAUAUAAUGCUGAGAUGGUUAGAAGAGAAUAAUAAGAAGCUGAAAGGAUUUAAAAGAACUAAGAGAAACAUCAUUAAUUUGAAUAGAGAAAACUCAAAAAUGAAUAAAUUUAUGCAAAAAUAGGUUUGAAAAAAACUUAUCAAUCUGCUCCUGCCACUUAAUUUACAGAGGAACCUUUAUUUCAAAGAUUGAGCAAACCUAAACAAUCUUUCAUUUAAUAAUCCACUUAUGAUCUACCUGAUUUUAGAGGAUUACCAAUAAAGAAUCUUACCUAUGUUGAUAAACAUAAAAAUCCAAUUCUAAUUAAUCAUUUUAUGAGUUCCAAUCUAUUACCUAAAUCUGUAAAUAAAGAGAAACUUAGAAAUAAAUUUGAAACAUCUGAUUAAAAAUUAGAGAAAUUUUAAAAUACAAUUCAAGUAGAUGAAAUGAAUUUGGAUAAUGAUUUUAAAGAUAAUGCAAUGUUAGAAAUAGAUUAAUUUGAAAGAAUGCUAUCUACAAUGCCUUAGACUAUGUAUUCAUAAGUAAAAGAUAGAGAGAAUCAACUAUUGUAAUCAGUUGAAGGUUUUAGAUCAAUAAGAAAGAUUAAAAGAGAUCCAAAUUAUAGACAUUUAAUUGGAAAUCAAAUUAGAGAUUAAAUUUUAUAAAAAUAAUGA